CUGGGCCCUGGCCGCCGCCGCCAGUCGGCGCCGCCCGGAGCCCGGAGCGCGGCUCCAGUGAGGCGCGGGCUGUGGGGCCGCCGCGUGCCCGGCCCCGCUCGCCCGUGCCGGCCACUUGCCCGCCAUGCCCGGCUUCGACUACAAAUUCCUGGAGAAGCCCAAGCGACGGCUGCUGUGCCCACUGUGCGGGAAGCCCAUGCGCGAGCCUGUGCAGGUUUCCACCUGCGGCCACCGCUUCUGCGACACCUGCCUGCAGGAGUUCCUCAGUGAAGGAGUCUUCAAGUGCCCUGAGGACCAGCUUCCUCUGGACUAUGCCAAGAUCUACCCAGACCCAGAGCUGGAAGUACAAGUAUUGGGCCUGCCUAUCCGCUGCAUCCACAGUGAGGAGGGCUGCCGCUGGAGUGGGCCACUGCGUCAUCUACAGGGCCACCUGAAUACCUGCAACUUCAAUGUAGUUCCCUGCCCUAAUCGCUGCCCCAUGAAGCUGAGCCGCCGUGAUCUACCUGCACACUUGCAGCAUGACUGCCCCAAGCGGCGCCUCAAGUGCGAGUUUUGUGGCUGUGACUUCAGUGGGGAGGCCUAUGAGAGCCACGAGGGUAUGUGCCCCCAAGAGAGUGUCUACUGUGAGAAUAAGUGUGGUGCCCGCAUGAUGCGGCGGCUGCUGGCUCAGCAUGCCACCUCGGAGUGCCCCAAGCGCACUCAGCCUUGCACCUACUGCACUAAGGAGUUCGUCUUUGACACCAUCCAGAGCCACCAGUACCAGUGCCCAAGGCUGCCUGUUCCCUGCCCCAACCAGUGUGGUGUGGGCACUGUGGCUCGGGAGGACCUGCCAGGCCAUCUGAAGGACAGCUGUAGUACCGCCCUGGUGCUGUGCCCAUUCAAAGACUCCGGCUGCAAGCACAGGUGCCCUAAGCUCGCAAUGGCACGGCAUGUGGAGGAGAGUGUGAAGCCACAUUUGGCCAUGAUGUGUGCCCUGGUGAGCCGGCAACGCCAGGAGCUGCAGGAGCUUCGGCGAGAGCUGGAGGAGCUAUCAGUGGGCAGUGAUGGUGUGCUCAUCUGGAAGAUUGGCAGCUAUGGGCGACGGCUGCAGGAGGCCAAGGCCAAGCCCAACCUUGAAUGCUUCAGCCCAGCCUUCUACACACAUAAGUAUGGUUACAAGCUGCAGGUGUCUGCAUUCCUUAAUGGCAAUGGCAGUGGCGAGGGCACACACCUCUCACUGUACAUUCGCGUGCUGCCUGGCGCCUUUGACAAUCUCCUUGAGUGGCCCUUUGCCCGCCGUGUCACCUUCUCCCUGCUGGAUCAGAGCGACCCUGGGUUGGCUAAACCACAGCAUGUCACUGAGACCUUCCACCCUGACCCAAACUGGAAGAAUUUCCAGAAGCCAGGCACUUGGCGGGGCUCCCUGGAUGAGAGUUCUCUGGGCUUUGGUUAUCCCAAGUUCAUCUCCCACCAGGAUAUCCGAAAGCGAAACUAUGUGCGGGAUGACGCAGUCUUCAUCCGUGCCGCUGUUGAACUGCCCCGGAAGAUCCUCAGCUGAGUGCAGGAGGGGCUCAAGGGGAAAGGAGGAUGGGGCAGACCUGAGUCAGGCACUGCUGAACUUGGAGAGGGGGCCGGACCCCCGUCCACGGCUUCUGUCUAGAUUCUGUUACCCCAUUCUUCCUCCCCAAACCACCACCCUCAGGUGCCUCUAAUCGGUGCUUCAGCCCUGGCCCCUGUGGGGAACAGGUCUUGGGGUCAUCAAGGGCUGGAAACAAGUGACCCCAGGGCCUGUCUCUUCUUGGGUAGGGCAGACAUGCCUUGGUGCCGGGUCACACUCUACCCGGACUGAGGUGCCUGCUCAGGUGCUAUGUCCCAAGAGCCAUAGGGGGGUGGGAGUUGGGGAUGGAGGAAGGGUACUUCAAACUCUGUCUUGAGAUCUGAGUUUUUCCCCCUUUCCCUACCUGUGCAUCCUCUGGUUAUUUAUUUCCUUAGUGCCAGGAGGGCGCAGCAGGGGAGCCCUGAUUUUUAAUAAAUCCGGAAUUGUAUUUAUUAA